AUGGCCACGGAAACCGAACAAGCACUCAGUAUACUGGAAAAUACAGCCCUACUAUUGAAGAAAACACAGCUCAAUUUAUCAAAAUGCCCCAAACAACGACUGGCUAAAAUGGGCUACUUACAAACCAGAAUUAAAACAAUUGAAGAAUACUGGAUGAUUUUCAAAGAAGCCCAUAAAAAAUUAUUGACCUGUACCACUCGUGAGGAGCGUGGAUUGCUGCCAUAUUUCGAGAAUGAGGAAUUUUUUCUACAAGAAGAUUUGUACUUGUGUAUGUUGGGAGACUUGAAAGACAUGUUGGCGGCAGUCGAGUCUGCCAAAAGUAAACAAUCGCCACCAGAAGACCUGCAAAAUAAGAAAGUUCACCUCCCGGCUAUACAUUUACCUCUGUUUUCGGGCGAGUACGAACUCUGGCCUAGUUUUAAAGAUUUAUUUUCAUCACUCGUCCACAACUGCACGACACUAAGCGACGUCGAAAAACUCCAUUACCUAAAAACCAGUGUGGCAGGUGAAGCAGCAACUUUAUUGAAGCACAUUACAGUAACAAGCGCUAACUACAUUCAAGCAUGGGGAACGCUGAACCAUCGAUAUGGGAACAAGCGUCUAAUAGUGAACGCAUUGUUGAAGCGACUUUUUGCCCAGAAGAAAUGUACCAGCCAAGCCGCAACCCAACUGAAAUCUCUACUCGACACCACCAACGAAGUAUUACAGAGUUUAGAAAAUCUGGAGGUGUCGACGGAUUCUUGGGAUCCAGUAAUUAUAUUUCUGGUUGCACAGAAGUUGGACCCAGAAUCCCAGAAAGAGUGGGAACAAAAUUCCUACUCAGAGAAUUCCCAGGACUUGUCGACUUGGAGGGAUCUGCGCAAGUUUUUGGAGGCAAAAUUCAGGACGUUGGAAUUAGUCAACUCCCCCACUACUACGAAGCUUGCCAAGGAACGAGUCCUUCACGUUACAGCCACGGAAAGACCAAAGCAAAGAAGUUGUGCUUUAUGUACAGAUGCGCACACGUUAUGCCAUUGUAACGUAUUCACUAAGAUGUCACCAAACGAACGUAGAGAACAUGUCAAAACAAACAAGCUCUGUUUCAAUUGCCUCGGAGUUGGACAUUCGGUGUUUAGGUGCCGUUUGCCAACAUCAUGCCGUAUAUGUAAGAGACGUCACCACACUCUUCUACAUCUACCUAACUACGGGGAGGCAUCGGCUUCUCAUGUUGUAGCUAAUCAACCGAUGUCAUCCAAUCAAGCAAAUGUAGAAGAAGGUGAAGUUAAAGCAAUGGUUGCGUCACACUAUCACGCAGGGCGGAAACAGACAAUUUCACUAUUAGCCACUGCAAUAGUAAUUUUAAAGAAUGAACGUGGACACACUACUGCAUUGAAGGCGCUAAUAGACUCAGGAUCUCAAGCAUGUUUUAUAAGUGAAAAGGCAACUCAGAUCCUGAAACUACACAAGACAGCAGUAGAUCUUAUCGUGUCUGGACUUGAGUCCACGAAGGUUAGAGUCAGGCAUGAAGUAAAUGUAAAUGUAUUAUCACGAUGGAACAAUUUCAUUUUACCUAUUAAAGCCUACGUGAUGAAGAAGCCCUUGACCUCUAACAUACAUUCAGGCACAAUAAUAAAAAGAGAUUGGCCGCACCUUGCUGGCAUUCAACUGGCAGACGAAACAUUUUCCGCCUCCUGUAACAUCGAUCUGCUGUUGGGUGUCAAUGAGUAUGCAAACAUUAUGAAGAAGGGAUUGAUCAAAGGUCCACCAGGUACACCAUGCGCACAAGAUACAUACCUGGGAUGGAUCCUUAUGGGUGGAAUUGACAUCAAUGUCAGGAAGCAUGAGCAAUCCUUAACGGUCAUGAAACAAGAAGUUGAUAUAGAAGAUUUACUGAAAACAAUAUGGGAAGUUGAUGAAGAUACGAAAAGAAAUUUAACACAAAGGGAACAGUUAUGUGAAGAUAUAUACACUAAGACACAGAAGCGAGAUGAAUGUGGAAGAUAUGUUGUCAAAUUACCAUUCAACACUGAAGAACCUAAAUCAACAGAAGGAAAUACGAGAGAUAUAGCAAUGAAAAGACUAAUGCAAUUAGAAAGAAGGUUCAAUCAAAAUAAAGAAUUAAAGCACGAAUACAAGAAGGUAAUUGAAGAUUACAUAGAUCUAAAACAUAUCGAAGAAAUACCUACAGAAGAAAUAAAUAAUAACUCAGUCUACUUACCUCACCACGCCGUGAUCCGUAAUGAUAAAGAAACCACGAAGACUCGUGUCGUAUUUGACGCUUCGUGCAAGGGCUCCAACGGUGUCUCUCUCAAUGACGAACUGUUGACGGGUCCUGUACUGCAAGACGAUCUGAGAAACCUGAUAAUGAGGUGGAGAACUCACGCCGUUUGCUUUGUUGCUGAUAUCCAGAAAAUGUACCGUAUGAUAUGGGUUGACCGAGAAGACGCAGAUUAUCAAAGAAUUUUGUGGAGAAACGACCAAUCUGAAGAAAUCAAAGACUACCGAUUGUUGACUGUUACGUUUGGAACAGCUUCUGCUCCCUAUCUCGCCGUAAGAACCCUUAUGAAGUUAGCAGAAGAUGAAGGCGACCGGUAUCCCGAAGCUGCUAAGAUAUUGCGUGAAGAUUUUUACGUAGAUGACGCAAUGUCUGGAAGUGACAGUCUGCAACAAGCAAUAAAGAAUAGUCAAGAUCUUAGAGCGCUUCUUCAUUUGGGUGGAUUCGAACUAAAGAAAUGGUCAUCCAACAGCCGAGAAUUCUUGGAAACAGUUGAUCCUGGCGAUAGAUCGUCUAGUUCUAAUCUGGAAUUGAAGAUUGAUGGAAUAAUAAAGGCACUUGGCGUACAAUGGAAUUUAGGAAAAGACAGAUUCGAGUACAAUUUAAACUUACCUUCAAUCAGUGAAGUGAUCACGAAGCGAAGCAUUCUGUCUGACAUCCAAAAGUUGUUUGACCCACUCGGCUGGAUUGCGCCUAGCAUCGUUCUGACAAAGAUGUUAAUGCAAGAACUAUGGCUUGAAAGAAUAAACUGGGACGAUGCAUUGAAUUCUAAAAUAGCCAGCAGGUGGAUCACAUUGCGAUCUGAUCUUGAACAUGUGAAUGGAAUCUAUAUAGAAAGAUGGGUAGGUACGACGUGCGCCAACAGAGAGUCUAUAGAACUCCAUGGAUUCAGCGAUGCAUCCAUCAAAGCAUAUAGCGCUGUAGUAUAUUGCAGAGUGACUUACCCAGACGGUACGAACAAAACGACGCUUAUCGCAGCAAGAACAAGAGUGGCUCCAUUGAAAACAAUAUCCUUACCUCGUUUGGAGCUCUGCGGCGCGUUGAUACUCUCAAGAUUGCUUAAGCAAGUUGGUCAAGCAAUGAGAAUACCUGCAACUCAAAUUUAUGCUUGGACAGAUUCGUCCAUUGUCCUGUCGUGGUUAUUUGGAGAUCCAAACAACUGGAAGGUGUUUGUAGCAAACAGAGUUGUUGAGGUUACAACAAAUGUAUCCUGCAGUCAGUGGCAUCACGUCCAAACUCAAGAUAAUCCAGCUGAUGUUGGUUCCAGGGGGAUAAAUGAACAAGAGAAGAGACUACUUACACAAUUUGAAGAAUUUGAUACACUAUUAGAGCUACUUAGAACAAUCACAUACUGCCGAAGAUUCCUGAAACAAAAAACAUUAAAGGACAGAAUAGAUAGCAAAAUCACAACUGAAGAACUACACGUAUCGAUGCAGACCUGUAUAAAAAGAGCACAAGAAGAAGAAUUUACAGAAGAUAUAAAAUCGUUAAAAACAAAAAAGAGAGUUAAGAAAACAAGCAAACUAAAAGCACUAGAUCCUUACCUUGACGAAGAUGGAAUCCUGAAGGUGGGCGGUCGGCUCAGGAACUCUGAACUGGCUAAUGAAGUGAAGCACCCAAUCAUUUUGGGUCAUGCAAGUAGACUUACCUAUUUAGUGGUCGCAGAAGCACAUUUGAAGACGCUGCAUGGAGGAGUGCAAUUGAUGCUCACUUACCUGCGAUCGAAAUACUGGAUACUCCGCGCGAAGUCCCUAGUAAAGCAGUGUAUCCAUCGAUGCUUGAUAUGUGCUAAACAAGGGGCUAGGGUAAAAACACAAUUGAUGGGAGACUUACCAAGUUUUCGGGUAAAACCAGCUCGGCCAUUCCUUAACUCCGGUGUCGACUUUGCGGGACCAAUUCAAAUUUUACUAAAAAAGGGCAGAGGAGCUCAAACUGGCAAGGCGUACAUAGCUAUUUUUGUAUGUAUGUCUACGAAGGCGAUCCACUUAGAGUUAGUUGGUGAUCUGACUUCAGCUGCAUUCAUUGGUGCCUUUAAACGAUUUUGCGCACGAAGAGGCAGAUGCACAAACUUGUGGAGUGAUCAGGGAAGAAAUUUUGUUGGUGCUAACAAGGAGCUGGUUGAAGCCUGGAGGGAAGCUCGCCUACAAUUUGAUGGAGAAAUUAGUGAAUUACUUGCUAAUGAUGGAACACAAUGGCACUUCAUCCCGGCCUACUCCCCAAAUUUUGGAAAUUUAUGGGAGACUGGUGUGAAGUCUAUUAAGCACCAUCUACGAAGAAUCCUUAACACUAACCUUACCUAUGAAGAGCUUACAACGGUUCUCUGUGGAAUUGAAGCGUGCUUGAACUCGAGACCGCUGUGCCCGCAGGAGGACAGCACGUUAGAACCAUUAACUCCGGGUCAUUUUUUGAUAACUGAAGCCCCUGUAACCGUGCCUGAUGUGAACCUGAAAGACGCUAAAAUAAGCAACCUGACACGUUGGCAAUACACGCAAAAACUGCUGAAUGACUUCUGGUCAAGAUGGCAAAAAGAAUACUUGACGCGGCUGCAACAAAGACCGAAAUGGUUAAAACGCGAAGAAGAAUUUAAGAUAGGAGACAUUGUCCUCAUAAAACAGGACAAUUUGCCACCAGGAAAGUGGCUUAUGGGACGAAUAACCGACAAGCAUCCUGGCCCUGACGGUCUUACCAGAGUCUAUAGUGUAAAGAGUGGUGAUAAUAUAACAAAGCGAUGCGUAACCAAACUAUGUGCGUUGCCCAUCGAAAUAGAUUAG